AUGCCUUCGGGGACAGGAAAAACGGCCGCAAUUCUAUCUUUGGUCGUUUCAUAUCACCUGGACUAUCCAGAGAAAGUCGCAAAGAUCAUCUACUGCACUAGAACAGUUCCAGAAAUCGAUAAGGCAUUGGAGGAGCUGAAAAACAUCAUCCAAUAUCGGCUGCCGAUUCCCCAUCCUGGCCUAUCGGAUUUCCUUGGAAUAGGACUGAGUUCUAGAAAAAAUCUGUGCAUUAAUAGUGAUGUCCAAUCAUCUUCCUCUCAACUUUCAAAUGAAGGAGACCGGUUUGCCGUUCCCAUUGGUCGGAUAAUUGAUGGGAAAUGCCACGAACGGACAGCAAGUUGGGCCAGAGCGUCUGCUAAUUCGCCAAAAUGCGACUAUUUUGAAAAUCUGGAACUUCUUUCAGCCGAUGGAGUCGGAUCUUUAUUGGAAAGGCCAAAUGUAUAUACGCUUAGUUCUCUGAAAGAAAUUUGCACAUCCAAAGGGCUUUGCCCUUAUUUUUUAGCCAGAAAAGCGCUGCUUGAGGCUAACAUUGUCAUCUUUGGAUAUCCUUAUCUCCUUGACCCAAAAAUAUCUGACUUGGUAUGUAAGGAUUUGCCGAAGGAAUCGAUUGUGAUUUUCGAUGAGGCCCAUAAUAUUGACCAGGUGUGCAUUGAGGGUUUGUCGGUCAAAAUCACACCAUGGACAUUGGAUAAUUCCACGAGAGCAAUUAAUGCGCUUCUGCAGCGUGUGCAGGAAAAAAAAGAAACAGAUCUCCAAAAGCUCACGGAGGACUAUAAUCGCUUAAUAAUGGGCUUACGCCAAGCCAACAAUGCUCAAAAUCUCCCUUUGACCGACCUUCUUAUUGGCUCAGAUAAUCUUCUGGAUGAGGUUUUACCGGGAAACCUGCGGAAGGCAGAGCAUUUCCUAGGCCUUCUUAGGAGAUGGGUCGAAUAUCUAAAGACCAUUAUGAAAGGUCGCAGCCCAACCACUGAAACGCCACUGUCUUUUAUGCUCGCCGCCAAGGAGAUCUCUAUGAUAGAAGCAAAGCCAAUGCAACUUUCCUCUUUGGUUCGUUCGCUUGAAUCAACGCAUUUGGAGUACAUGGGCUCUCUUCAAAAGACAGCGCUCUUUGCAUCCAUUAUGAGCACGUAUGGGAAAGAGCAGGGGACCUUUCUAAUUUUCUUUGACCCCGUUGACGUGGAAACUUUGGGUGAAAAUACAGUUCCCGUUUUAUUUUUGAGCUGUCUCGAUGCUACUAUAGCGAUGAGGCCAAUUUUUGAGAAAUUCUCGUCCGUGUUAAUCACGUCCGGGACACUUUCUCCCCUUACGAUGUUUCCAAGGCUUCUUGGGUUUAGGCCUGCGCUUGCAGAAUCGCUGGAAAUCUCACUGACGAGGCCCUCUUUUUUGCUUUUAUCCGUAACAAGGGGAUCGGACCAGCUACCUCUUUCUUCAAGGUUUUCCACACGGCAUGAUCCCUCUAUUGUGCGAAACUAUGGACAGCUCCUGAUAGCAGUUUCUUCUGUCACUCCAGAUGGGUUGGUGGUGUUCUUUCCAUCCUAUUUGUACAUGUCAAAAAUGAUAGCUUCAUGGAAUGAAUUGGGAAUAUUUGCAAAAGUACAAAAAUUGAUUUUCGUCGAAGAGGAGUCCGGGAGUGCCACUGCGGAGGCCCUUAUGCGCUAUCGUCAAGUCUCAGAAGGCGUUGACUUUGACGGUCCAUAUGGACGCACCGUAUUGAUGGUCGGAAUGCCUUUCCAAUAUACAGAAAGCAGAACCCUACGCGCUAGACUCUCUUUUUUACGGGAUAGGGUCGGAAUCAGCGAGGGAGACUUUCUAUCCUUUGACGCACUGAGGCAAGCCGCGCAAUGUUUAGGUAUCUUUUCACCCCCUCUUACACGUAGGCCGUGUGCUCCGAGGAAAAAAAGACUAUGGUGUGAUGAUACUUGCCGACAAGAGGUAUGCACGGGCAGAUCAGAGGCAAAAAUUGCCUCUAUGGAUGGGAAGAGCAAUGCCAGAUUCCCAAAACGGAUUGUGUACCGAUUCUGCACUUUCGCUGAUACGAAAAUUCUUCAAAGCGCAUUAAACCCGGUGCCACUUUUAAACUUGCCGAUGGACACUUAUUCGUAUGCAAAGUUCUCCUCCAAUUCGGAUCGUCUGAUUGCAUCGAGAGGGAGUCGCGUCAAGAACAAGGCCCCUGCAGAUAUCCAAAUAACUGCAGAGCAGCUGCUCCGAGAAGCCACAGAGCGUUCAGAGCCCACUAUUCGCCAGUUGGCUCAGAAGCGCAGUCUCGAUGCCGAGUCUUUGCAGGAAUCUGCAGACCAGCUUCAUGUAAAAAGAAAGGGCUUUGAGGAUGCCCUUAGAAGAAACAGAAAUUCCAUCGGUACAUGGCUCAAGUAUGCCGCUUGGGAGGAAAAGAUGGAGGAGCGCGCACGGGCCAGGUCCCUUUACGAGCGCGUGCUCGAGGUGGACUAUCGCAAUCCCGUCAUCUGGCUCAAGUAUGCUGAAAUGGAAAUGAAAGUCGGCAACAUCCAGCACACAAGAAAUGUGUGGAAUCGAGCAGUUUCUUUGCUUCCACGCAUCGACCAAUUCUGGUACAAGUGGGCGUACUUUGAGGAAAAGCUUCAGAACAUCGACGGUGCGCGAGCAAUCUUUGAGCGCUGGAUUGAAGGUUGGCAACCGCCAUCUGCUGCAUUUCUGUCCUACAUCAAGCUGGAAAUGCGCUACAAAGAGACCGGACGAGCGCGAGCCAUUUAUGGACGCAUGUUAAAGCGGUUUCCCACGGACUCGGAUAUAUGGAUCGAUGCAGCCAAGUGGGAAGAGUCUCUUGGAGCCAUCGAGAAUUCUAGGGCUCUUUAUGAAGAGGCAAUUGGCUCGUUAGGCGACCGGGCUGCGCCAAAGCUUUUCACUGCUUUUGCCAAAUUCGAAAUUCGGCGAGGUGACCACGAGAGCGCGCGUCGAGUUUUCCAGCGGGCGCUUACCACACUUCCACAAGCCGCUGCGGGGCCUCUCUUCACAAGAUAUACGCAGUUUGAAAAGCAGUUUGGAACCGCAGAAGAAACAGAGCGAGUUGUGCUGGAGAGCCGCGCCAAGCUGUACGAGCAAGAGCUAGAGGCCAAUCCGCAUGCAUAUGACACAUGGUUUGAGCGGAUAUGGCUAGAACAAGAGCUUGCGGCCAUGCCUCCACUGCUGGCAAUGCCAACGCCCGGCCAUGAUACCACCGUUGAGCCCCAAUCUGACAUCAAAGCGGGGCCCUCGCAAACGGUCGGAUCAAUGCUUUCCGCACACAACCAGAUGACGGUGCAGCUGCUUUUUGAACGGGCUGUAGCAAUGGUGCCUCUUUCUUUGGAGAAGCAAUACUGGCGCAGGUAUGAUGGAGCUAUCACUGACUAG